AAUGAAGAGUGGAAGACAUUCUCUAAGGAUGCUGAAAUUGCAGCAGCUAGUAUUGUUUUAAUACAUGCACAAAUUGGAAAUUCGAGUGGAGAUGUUUCAUUUACUUAAGAGGGGGAUAAGAACAUGUAUUCUUCUACAGUUACAGUGGAUGUGGUUCUAUCUAUGUAUGAUCAACGAGUUGUUUCCUAGUCAAGCGUUUCCAAUUUCAACAGAGCAUCCAGACAAAAAUUGGUGGUCAAACAUCGAAUUAACCGACACAAGCAUCUCAGGUAACGUUCAUGUACGUGUAAAGCGAUCCAACGAUUCGGCACCGCCUCCCAAACAAUAUGCAAACGCAAUCGAGGAAUUCUACGCCGAUCCGAAUAACAGGGCGAUGUACUUAGUCCUGCCUCUUAUAGUUCUUAUUUAUGGGGGAUGUAGUUCUAUCUACUGCAUUCACAAAUGUUGCCGCUACGUCAAGAGGAAGAAGUUAGAAAAGGAAAUGCAAUCAAGGGAGCGCUUAACUUCUGAAACUGAAAGUUGUUCUGGCAUAGAAGACACAGAAGAAAAAAUGACUAUAGAAGCAGAGAGGGAAUCAUCGCCCGUAUAUAAAGAAAAUAUACACAUAACAGAAAAGAAAAAUUCACCACCGCCUGCUUACGAGCAAACACGACAAAAAGUCGAAGAUUUGCCACUUGAAGAUGUUGAAGAACCUACGGACCCACAUAACCAAACCAUUGAAAAACAUUCAGAAAACAUUCAACAUAAAGAAACUAGUUUUAUAGAGAGGAAGGAUGAUGAGCAAAAGGUGAAAAAAGUCAAGACUCCUGAAGUGAACAGGAACACUCCUCGCAGUAACAUCGACUCACGACCUUCGAGUAUGACGUCAUCAAUCCGACCAAAGCCGUCGCCACCUCCAGCCUAUGAAAAGAGGACCUCUCCGGACGGGAAAUCAUCAAAGGGCAAGGAGAUGUUCGAAUUGACACCACGUGACAUUGAAGACAUUCUGAACUACUACAGUGACAAGAAACACAUGCCGGAUGUGAUUCCUGACGAUACUGAAAAUGUCAUUCCAUUGAGAAAGAAAGUUACGAAAUGGAAACACAGAGUUUUUAAUGGGUGAAAAAUAUUAUCGGCUAAAUACUUUCCUACAAAGAUGAUACGAAGCUGGAAGCUAGAAAUUUGUCAAUCAGACCGCAUCAUAAAAUCUAUAUAGAAUGACGAUGCAAUAUUUUUUUCUUUUUCACUUUAGUGAAAGUUUAAGGCACCUUCUUCUUUGCGAUUAAACAAUUGGUCAGGUGUUCGAAAGAUAUCGCCUAAAUAGAACAACUUGACCUACGGUCAAUGCUUUUAAAAUUGUUUUAUGUUGUUGUUCUACAGAAAUACAGCAACCUGCAAAUAUAUCAAAAGCAAACAGAAUAUAGCUAGCAUAUCAAUUCUCUGAUUUGGUAUCUUACAGCAUUUUUUAAUCGUGUGAAUCGGGUUCAUUAUGCAAAAGUGGUACAUUUAUUUUUUUUGUAUAAUGCAUUAAAAUUUCUUCCUCUGUCUGUUAGAGAUCAACAGAAAAAAGUAUGGUUUGUUAAUCAAUAUUUUAUGUAAUAUAAAUGCAUUAACAACCGAAUAUGAUGUUAAUUCUAAAAAAAAAGAAAAAAAACUGUUGACAAGUCAGUCGACUUGGGUAAGCUCUGGUCUGAAAUCAACCAAAAUGUCCAAUCUUAUGAUGCAAUUUAUACACCCUUCCGUCCAAAUGUUCAUUGAAAACACAAACACACACAAAAUUUCCGAUUAUUAAACUCGUUUAUAGAACUCAGAGGUUUUUACUGCUUAGAAAUUUGCUUCGAAAGAACGUAACAUUGAUUCAAACCUGAAGUAACAUUUUUCAAUUUUUUAAAAUCUCAAAUCCUCUCAAAUUAUAUCGGAUUAAUAACUCAGUCAAAAUCAUUUACCUUUGAUAUUUGAUUCGUAAUAGUUUAAUGAAUUUUUUUUAAUAAUUGGUUUUCUUAAAAUAUUUUAGAUUGUACCUCAUCAGCUUCAAAAUACCGUAAUCAAUGACGCAUUGUUUUUUUCUUUGAAAUUAUGUACAUGUAACUGUGAUAACUGUUUUGUAGCCAAUCAUAUUUUUUAAACAAUUGUAUAUAUAGAAAUUGUUAUAUUUAAAUGCAACUUGCGAAUUAAUGUUAAUCUUAUUUUGAAAAAACAGAGCAAAUAUAAUUGUAAAAAUUGUCUUAAUAUUUUGCACAUUAAUGUCAAAUGAAAAAAGAAUAAUGGAAUGAUCAGCUCUGAAUUGAUUGUUCUUUUAAAAGGGAUAUCAAGAUACUGUAAACCAACUUUUAUUCUCGAGGAAGAAAUUUCCGCAAGUUUCGCGACCAGGUUUUAUUUGGGAACAUUUCUCCUAAUUAACCAAUGUUUCACUUAUGUAUUUUUGUGGAAGGUUGGUUCAGUCGGGAAAUACGAUAGUAGAUUAGAACAGAGGUAUCACAAAAAGAUGUCUUAAAUAAUUGUUGGUUUAAGGUGCUAAGACACAGAUUUGAAGUUGAUGUUUUUUUUUAAUUUUAACAACUUCCAGAUAAAAUAAGAUCUUUGUUUUAUUUCCGUGUGAAAUGCUAUAGCAACAUAUAAGUUCGAUAUAUAACACAGAAAAUUUGAGAGAAUAUGAACUUCAAGUCUGUGUCUUGGCACUUUUAACAUAGAAAAGCAUUUUAAAAGAUCGUAAUUAAAAGUACAUUUGACGAUUUAGAAGCAAAUAACUGUUAAUAGGAUCAUACUAUCCUUUUCAGAUAUAUUGCAUUGACACUAUUAUGAAAGUUAAUGUAACGUGUACAUAAAACUCAAAUUGUUUUUGAUUGAAUUGUGUGUAAUGCAAAUCAUUUUUGUGUCAUUUUUACAAAGGUUUCAGUCUUAAUUUUAUAAAAUAUAUUUAUGGAAAAA